GGGAAGAGCUUCAGGCACCAGAGUGCUCUCAAAAUACACCAGCGCAUUCACACUGGAGAAAAACCAUAUCAGUGCUCACAGUGUGGAAAGAGUUUUAAUGGACAGAGCCAUCUUAAAAUACACCAGCACAUUCACACUGGAGAGAAACCGUAUCAGUGCUCACAGUGUGGAAAGAGUUUUAAUGUACAGAGUAAUCUCAAAAAACACCAGCGCAUUCACACUGGAGAGAAACCGUAUCAGUGCUCACAGUGUGGAAAGAGUUUUAAUCAACAGAGUGCUCUCAAAAUACACCAGCGCAUUCACACUGGAGAGAAACCGUAUCAGUGCUCACAGUGUGGAAAGAGUUUUAAUGGACAAAGUAAUCUCAAAAACCACCAGCGCAUUCACACUGGAGAGAAACCAUAUCAGUGCUCAGAGUGUGGAAAGAGUUUUAAUGGACAGAGUGAUCUUCAAAUACACCAGCGCAUUCACACUGGAGAGAAACCGUAUCAGUGCUCACAGUGUGGAAAGAGUUUUAAUGGGCAGAGUAAUCUCAAAAAACACCAGCGCAUUCACACUGGAGAGAAACCAUAUCAGUGCUCACAGUGUGGGAAGAGUUUUAAUGGACAGAGUGCUCUCAAAAUACACCAGCGCAUUCACACUGGAGAGAAACCAUAUCAGUGCUCACAGUGUGGAAAGAGUUUUAAUGGACAGAGUGAUCUGAAAAUACACCAGCGCAUUCACACUGGAGAGAAACCAUAUCAGUGCUCACAGUGUGGAAAGAGUUUUAAUAUACAGAGUAAUCUCAAAAAACACCAGUGCAUUCACAUUUUACAGAAAUGAUGCUCACA